AUGGCCUGGCCAACACUAUCAAUGCUCUUUCCGGCAUUCGCCAAACCAACUACAACUUCAUGCCUCACCUCCUCAACAUCCAAUAUCCUUCGAUCCCUCCGACCUCAACAAUGCCCCACCACCACCCUCCGAGCCUUCUCAACUACCCCACAAUCAGCCACCUGGCUGAUGCCCCAAAAUGUUGAUAAUAGAAGAUACCGUCGUGGUCAAGUCCACGUCGCCACCGGAGGCUCCGUACGCGGGACGACAGUAGUCUGGGGAGACUACGGACUUCGAAUGGUUGACAAACAUCGACGGAUAUCCGCGUUGCAAUUGAAGAACGGAGAAGAAACGAUUCGUAAAAGAUUACGUGGGAUGAAUUAUCGACUUUACGCCCGAGUUAACGCUGGUAUUCCUAUUUGGAAGAAAGGAAAUGAAAUGCGUAUGGGUGGUGGUAAAGGUAGUUUCGACCAUUGGGCGAGUAGAGUGGGGGUUAUGAAGGUUAUCUUUGAGAUUAAGGGAGAUAUUCACGAAAAGAUUGCGAGGGAUGCGUUGAGGUUGGCGGCGGCGAAGAUGCCUGGAAUCUAUGAGUUUGCGAAGAAGGGAGAUCCUCCCGUGAUUGGGUUGAAGAAACUUACGCCGGAAUAUGCACAGGAGUUAAUAGACUCGAAAUAUAAGCUACCCUUUAAGUUACAAAAGAUUCGAGAGAUGCAAAAGGCUGGUAUUGAGGUUCCUAUGAAGGAGGUCAUUCUGGCCAAGGAUACAUCUAUGACACCAGGGCGGAUAUUACCUCUUCCUUCAUCAUCCUCGUGA